CUUCCGGUCUUCUUCCGCAGUGUAAACAGUAAUGGCGUCCGGUCGUGAGGAGAAGAGUACAGCCACUGAGGGGGAGCUGGCCGAAACCUUCGCGUCUUCAAAGAGGGAGGACAGACUACGAAAGUUCCGCGAGUUACAUUUUAAACGGAAUGAAGCACGCAAGCUCAAUCACCAGGAAGUUGUUGAGGAGGAUAAGAGGCUCAAGCUACCCUCUAACUGGGAGGCUAAAAAAGCCAGACUGGAGUGGGAACUUAAUGAAGAUGAAAAGAAAAAGGAAUGUGCAGCCAGAGGUGAAGACUACCACAGAGUGAAACUCCUUGAUAUCACAGCUGGUGAUGCAGAGCGGUGGGAGAGGAAGAAAAAGAAGAAGAAUCCUGACACAGGAUUUGCAGGUUAUGCUGAAGCCCAAUUUAGGCAGUAUCAGAGGCUCACUAAACAAAUCAGACCAGACAUGCAAAACUAUGAGAAACAGCGAGAGGAAUGUGGUGAGGACUUCCACCCCACGUCCAAUAGCUUGAUCCACGGCACCCACGUCCCUUCCCAGGAAGGCAUUGACCGCAUGGUGGAAGACGUCGAGAAACAGAUCGAAAAGCGGACCAAAUAUAGCCGACGCAGGGCCUACAAUGACGACGCAGACAUCGAUUACAUUAACGAGAGGAACGCCAAGUUCAACAAGAAGGCGGAACGGUUUUAUGGCAAAUACACAGCAGAGAUCAAGCAGAACCUGGAGAGAGGCACUGCUGUUUAAGUUCCCUUUUGAGUCAUCAAAUCUUGAAACUUAAUAGUGCAUUGCUAGUCUUUUUAUACACGUUGUGUAUUUUUUAGCUAUGAUGUACCUGUUAAUGUGUGUACAGUUUAAGAAUACCCUUUUUGGAGUAUUCCCACACUUAUUUUUGAAUAAAACACUCUGUAGUCCUUCAAUU